AUGGCAGCUCAACAACCUCCGAUAGCCCCCGGCGGCAGCAACAGCAGUAGUACAGGGAAAGGGAACAACGAUAGGACGGCGGAGGACAUCAGGUUGCCGAUGCCUUCGCGCAACCCGCUGCCGCUGUCGGCGAGUCAGGAGGCGCAGGUCCGGGAGGUGUUCAACCAGCGGGUGCGGAACCAUUGCGCGGACGAGAUUAAAGCCAACCUCGCAACCCCAGCCUUCGCGGACUGCGCGCGCAACCGCACGGUGACGAUCGCGUUCGCGUGCCGCGCGGCCUCGCGGCGGAUGAACGGGUGCAUGCAGGCGCACGCGACGGCGGCGGAGCACGACCGGGCGCGGGAGGAGUGGUUCGCGGCGCGGCAGCAGCGGGCGCGCGAGCGCGAGCAGAAGGAGCGCCGCAAGCUCGAGCAGGAGGCCUUCCACCGCGAGUGGUGGGGCCUGCCCCAGCGCGACCCCGACGACCUCCGCCGCGAGCUCGAGAAGCUGGGCCGGGCCGAGAGGAUCGGCGGGCAGACUAGGAGGAGGAGGACAACGACGACGGGGGCGGAGGGGGGGCAGGAGGAAGGGAGACGGUGA